UACUAGCUGUUUGUCUGGCGUCGAGCAAACGCACUCAGCUGGCCCGUGAAAUGUCCUUUGACAUUUCGUCUUAGUGAGGCUGCGGGGUUCAAGGUGCUAGCUAAUAGCUCGAGCUUAUGGAACUAAAACAGUCUGAUAAUUCACAAAUGCAUAGAUCAAGAUUCACAAAUGCACAGAAUGAUAUUCACAAAUGCACAGAAUGAGAUCCACAAACGAAAAGAACAAGAUUCACACUUGUAUUUUUGAUGCCAACAUAAAUUAAAUAUGUCUUGAUUUACAAGCUGCUUCUGGCCUGUGAGCUGGGCUGCAUUUGUGUGUGAAUUUUAGACUCCCCUGUCGUCUCAAUCCACAAAUGUCUUCUUUUUUAUUUAUUUAUCUUUAAUAAAUGGUCCAUCUGGACGAUCAGCAACCAGUAGAUAGCUUCAUUGUUUCAGUCAAUCAUAUGAACGGACCCUCAGGUUGGGGUAACCUGUAGCCGUGUGUAAGCACAGACGAUUUAGACCUCAGCCUGACUUCUGGCAGCAGAGGAUCGAUUCUCAGCAAUGGUGAAGAUUUUUGUGGGGAACCUUCCCCGAGAAGCUACCGAGGAUGAGAUCAAGGAGCUCUUCGAGGAGCACGGCACGGUCACCGAGUGCGCCAUCAUCAAGAACUUCGCCUUUGUCCAUAUGGAUGACCGUAAGGCUGCCACCAAAGCCAUCAGGACCCUUCAUCUGCACAAGCUCCACGGCACACCGAUCAACGUCGAGGCCAGUCAUGGGAAGAACCAGGGCCCGGUGAAACUACAUGUAGCCAAUGUAGAAAAAGGAGCUGAUGACGAACUCCGUGCUCUGUUUGAAGAGUACGGUACGGUCACAGAGUGUGCUGUUGUCAAGAAUUUUGCUUUUGUGCACAUGCCCAACUAUGAUGAGGCCAUGGAUGCUAUCAAAGGGCUUGAUAAUUCUGAGUUUCAAGACAAACGCAUCCACGUUCAGGUUUCUAAGAGCCGACCUAGGUAUGAAGAAUGUGAAGACUACCCACCUCCUCCCCCUGACAGGGGAGGCUACUGGCCUCCACACUAUCCAGGAGAGCGGCCUGAGCCUCCCCCACCUGGCUACCUGAGGGCUCGCCCCAUGCCCCCUGGUUACCCAGGUCCUCCUCUGCCACCCCCUCCCCCCAGGAGGGCGGCUUAUCCUGAGCGGCCCUAUGACAGCGAAAGGGAGCGAUACAGUGUAGUAGAUUACUACGAGAAAUACCGAGCUCGUCCGUAUGCCAUGUCUCCCUAUGAAGAGCAUCGUGCUAUACCCCCACCUCCUCCGCCUCCGCCCUCUUCUGUCGUUCGAGACCGCCUUAUGACCUCACCGCUUAAUCCAUAUGAGCGUCGGCCCCUCCCUCCACCCCCUCCGCCUCCCCCCUCAUCGUACUACGCCCGAGAUCGCAGCCCAAUCCGGAGGGCUCCUAACGCACCGUUACCCCCUCCGCCCAGUAACGGCUAUGCCUACGAUCGCUCUCCAUACGCAGUUCCACGUGCAAGGGACCCCUAUGCGGACCGGCUGCCUCCGCCACCACCUGCACGCUACGCAUACUAAUGCGACACGUCAGCAUUUUGAAGGAUUGUUGUCCGACUGCGUCGCCGCUUCCUGAUUCACGUGACUUUAUCCUCUUCCUGUCUGCGGCUGAGCGCGUUUCGUUCCUCUACGACACUCAAAAGGAACUGAAUUCUUUACGUCAAUGGCUGUUUGUUUGGUUUUAGUGAUUAGAAUAUGUUUUUUCCUUCUUCUGACUGUUUUAGUAUUGAAUUGUACUGUAAAAUACUUACUGGCAAACAUCUGAA